AUGCGCUGGUUAUGCGUUUUGUCUCUGAUUGGUGCGGUUGCCGAAGUGGUUACAGUGCAAAGCGCCUGUCCCGCUCAUACAUUCACAUGUGACGAUGGCUCAUGUAUACCAGAGGAUUGGGUAGGAGACGGCGAGGCGGACUGCGAUGACAGGUGAGC